AAAAGAAUAAAAAGAGAAGAACAGCUUCCGUUGGCGCGUUUCGUGGGUUUUUUUUGUUAGCUUCGUCUUCGACAAUGGAAUUUUUGCAGUACGCCGGGAUCCGAGUUUCUCGAUCACAGCAACUGUUUCGAUUAAUCGCAUCUUGCUCCCGUCGCUGAUAUUCCCUUUUUCCCGGCUUUGUCUAAUAACGCAUGGAGGAUUAGAGGUUGGUGAGGGAGGGGGUACAUUCUUUGGCGAGAAGUUAUAUUGGGAUUUUAUCGGAGAGAACAAUGUCCUCGAGAAGUGAGCAUCACACGGUGCCGCUUUCGGUGCUGCUCAAGCGUGAAUUGGCGAACGAGAGGAUUGAGAGGCCGGAAAUUAUCCAUGGUCAGGCCAGCCAGAGCAAGAAAGGGGAGGAUUUUACCUUACUGAAAACGGAAUGCCAAAGGAUGGUUGGAGAUGGGGUCUCUACUUACUCCGUUUUUGGGCUAUUUGAUGGACAUAAUGGAUCUGCUGCUGCUAUAUACUCUAAGGAGAAUCUCCUCAAUAAUGUACUAGGUGCUAUUCCUUUGGAUCUUAACAGAGAUGAAUGGGUUUCAGCACUUCCAAGGGCUUUGGUUGCAGGCUUUGUUAAAACAGAUAAAGACUUUCAAGACAGAGCACAAACAUCGGGAACAACAGUCACCUUUGUGAUAAUAGAAGGAUGGGUCAUAACUGUUGCAUCUGUUGGUGAUUCCCGUUGCAUACUUGAACCUGCUGAAGGUGGUAUUUAUUAUUUGUCGGCAGAUCACAGACUUGAAUGCAAUGAAGAAGAGAGGGAGCGUAUCACUGCAAGUGGGGGAGAGGUGGGUCGGCUUAAUACUGGUGGUGGUGCAGAGAUUGGUCCUUUGAGGUGUUGGCCUGGUGGUUUGUGUCUUUCUCGAUCAAUUGGUGAUAUGGAUGUUGGCGAGUUUAUUGUUCCUGUUCCUUAUGUAAAGCAAAUGAAGCUAUCUACGGCGGGUGGUAGGCUUAUCGUCUCAAGUGAUGGUGUUUGGGAUGCUUUGUCUGCAGAGACAGCUUUUGAAUGUUGUCAUGGGAUGCCGCCAGAUGCUGCUGCUGCGCAAAUUGUUAAAGAAUCAUUACAAGCAAAAGGACUACGUGAUGAUACAACCUGCAUUGUAAUUGACAUAUUGCCACAGGAGAAGCCUCUUGCUCCUUUGCCACCAUCAAAGAAACUGGGAAAAGGUGUGUUCAAGUCUAUGUUUCGUAGGAAGUCCUCGGAAUCAUCUUCUUAUGUUGAAAAAGAAUACAUUGAGCCAGAUAUGGUGGAGGAAAUAUUUGAGGAAGGAUCUGCUAUGCUUUCAGAGAGGUUAAAUACAAAGUACCCGCUCUGCAACAUGUUUAGGUUGUUUACAUGUGCAGUCUGUCAAGUUGAGAUGAAGCAUGGAGAGGGUAUUUCAAUUCAUUCUGCCUCAUCAAGCCCACAAAGGUUUCGUCCAUGGGAUGGCCCUUUUCUUUGCUUAAGUUGCCAAGAGAAGAAAGAAGCCAUGGAAGGGAAAAGACAAUCAGGAGAUGGACAUAGUAGUGGAAGUGACUAGUCAACUCUCCUCAGCCAUAUUUAUAUUUUGAGAUCACUAACAAUUGUUUCAAAUUUGAUCCUAACGGAAAGUUGAAGCUUCCUGAAAAUAUUAUUUCCCUUCAAUUGCUCAUGGAGGGUGUUCGACUCUUGGGUCCAUUCGGCAUUCACUUCAGAAUCUUUUUGGACCACUUUUUUAAUGUUUCAUUCCUUACAAGUCAGCAGAUCACAGUUAGAGGUGUUUGCUUUUCUGAAAACCUGUUUUCUGACUUCCACAACAACUUUUCUAGUGCCUGCCUCCGUUAAAAGAGUUAUGGAAGCUUUGAUAAAUUCACCAGUGCAUAACCGAUGCAUUGGAGGUAAUUUGUUUCUAUCCGAAUCCAUUCCCCUGUAUGCCAGUUCUGCCAUUUCAUAGAGUAACAAUUAAAGAAAAAGCCUUCGCUGUAAUAUUGUUAUAUAGGAAGUUUGAUGAGACCUCUUAUAGACUCAUUGCAAAUUUGGGAAAGUUGUUUCACCAGCUUGCUGAAGGAAUGGGUUCAUGUAGCAUAACAUUUCAUCCUUCCUUUGACAAGAAGGAAGGUGAACUUGUGGAAUAGAAAAUUAUCAUUGAUUUUUUUGGAA